AUGGCUGUGCCUUACUCAAUAAGCAAGGCUGCCAUGAACAUAAUGAUGGGGAAGUUCAGUGCCUCGUACAAGAAAGAGGGUAUUCUGUUUAUGGCCGUCAGCCCAGGUGCCGUCGACUCCGACGACGAUGUCCGAGGAUCAAAUGCACCAGUCCAGCAUGUGGAGGGAGAUUUGUCGCAAACACUCUAUCUCGUGCGGCCAUGGCACAAGUUUGGUAUGCCCACAUUGCAAGGUUUCGUCCCUUUUGGUCCCUCAAAUCGAAAUCCCCAGACGCUGACAUCAGGAUGCGUCAUCGCAGGAAGCGCUCCGGAGCUGCAAAAGUGCAAAGAACAAGGCCGAAAGUUCAAUAAAUAUAAACCGAGUUACACCAAGCCGCUGAAUACUCGAGAAUCGGUCGAUUUUGUCUUAAAGGUUUUGAGUGAGAAGAGCAUAGAAAGCGGAGACGCAGGGGCAUUUAUCUCUCAGCUGGGCAAUAAAAGAUGGCCAUAG